UGUGGUGAUCCAACUUGAAGUUUUGCCUCUAAAGCCAGAACAACAAAUCAGUUACGAAAUGAAGUUUCGUUUCGGUAUUAUCGUUUUCUCGGUCGUGGCUCUGGCGUUCGCCAUCGUCCAAGUCAACUCCGAGACCGUCGAAGCUGACAGCAUAGUCCGUCGCGAGGCUGAUCCUGGGGUGAAACCUAUACAACGAAAAAUGAAUAAAAAAAUGGGCAAAAGGAACGCUGACCCACGACCUCCUCCCAAACAGAUGGAAAGAUUGCGAGAAAUGCGAAAAGGCCGUGACGUCGAUCAAGCGAUUGACCAAAUGAAUUUUGAGGAAGCCAGUGCCGAAACGAUGGUCCGUCGAGAAGCUGAUCCCGGAAUGCUGUCAGCGCUACUGAGCUUAAUACCAGGCAUAGGCAAAUGAGACGCCGAUCCGGAAGCCGAUCCUGGACUUAAAAAGGAACUUUUGGGAUACCUUGGUAAAAAACUAAAAAAACUUCUGCCAUCUAAACACUGAGCAAAGUCCAGUCCAACGGGUUUUUACGACACGAGCGGAAAUCGACUACGAAUUGUCUCGUUCUCUGAUAAAAACAAUAGACCUAAUGACCCGAAUUGGACGAUAAACGACUCAUUCCUCAUAAAACUGACGACGAUUUCAUUAUAAAUUUAUUGAAUUAUUAAAUAAAAAUCACACGAACACGAAA